AUGUCAAACGAGGGAGGUGACGGUAACAACAACAACAUAGAAUACAUGAUCAGCCCCAAAACAAGAAAACCACCUCCGAUUCUAUUACCCUUACCUGAAAACGACGAAGUCACUAUUCCGAUGACACCGUCCGAGUUCAAAGACCGUUUAAUCUUCGGACCCUCGCCGCGAGACUCCUCUCAAUACUUCCAUUCACUCUCUCAGAAACACUCGCCGUCCUCCUCCGCCGCCGCCGCAGACACCUUCCCCGACUCCUCACCGCUAGAUCCCCUCCUCCCUCCACAACAGCAUCACGGCCAUCCACUCCACCGAUCCAAAACCGCGCCGGCGAUGGCCAUAAUCGACGAUCUCCACCACCCAAUGCAUCAGCAAACCGAGCUCGAGCCAUCAUCACGUUCUGUAGUGAGACAAGCUUUUGCUCUACUGGUCGUCUACCUCUCCUUAGGCGUCCUUAUCUACUGGCUGAACCGUGACCACUACGUAGUGAAUCAAACCCAUCCCGUCGUUGAUGGGUUAUACUUUUGCAUCGUUACAAUGUGCACCAUCGGUUACGGAGACAUCACACCAAACAGUGUCGUUACUAAGCUCUUCUCGAUCAUGUUCGUUCUCGUUGGGUUCGGUUUUAUCGAUAUUUUGCUUAGCGGGAUGGUCUCUUACGUUCUUGACCUUCAAGAGAGCUACAUGUUAGACUCUGCUAAGCGGAGGGAGGAGCCUGAUAAGAGAAGAUCGUAUAUUAUCGAUGUGAAGAAGGGAAGGAUGAGGAUUAGGUUGAAAGUGGCGUUGGCUUUAGGUGUUGUGGUUUCAUGCAUUGCUCUUGGUGUUGGGAUAAUGCAUUUUAUCGAGAAGAUUGAUUGGUUGGAUUCAUUUUAUCUCUCGGUUAUGUCGGUUACUACUGUUGGGUAUGGAGAUAGGGCGUUUAAGACGUUGCCUGGUAGGCUUUUCGCUGCGGUAUGGCUGCUUGUGUCUACGUUAGCCGUGGCUCGGGCUUUCUUGUACUUGGCUGAGGCGAGAGUUGAUAAGAGGAAUAGGGAGAGGGCUAAGAGAGUGCUGUGUGAGACAAUGUCUGUCUCUCAGUUCUUUGCUGCUGAUAUUGAUAACAAUGGUUGUGUCAGUAAAGCAGAGUAUGUGAUUUACAAACUCAAGGAGAUGGAGAAAAUAACAGAUAAAGACAUAACACCGAUCUCAAAACAGUUUGACAAACUCGACCGGUGCAGCAAUGGAAAGAUUACUCUUGUAGAUCUCUUGGAUAGUAGCAGUGGUGAUUGAUCCUCUGCAAUGUUUUGGUUUAGCUUAGUUUACAGUCGUUGCAAGUUACAACCUGAUCAAAUGAUGCUAAUGAGUAAAUGAUACUUGACGAGGAGCAUGCUCUCUGGUUUACCUAAAUCGGGUCUUGAUUAUGUGGUUGGUCUUGUUGCCUUUCGUAAUUGGUUAAGCGACUAUUCACUCGUCCAAUUUAUAUAAACUUGGGUGCUUAUGGUAACAUGUAUAUAAGCAAGAGAACUAAUGGGAAUAAAAAAAGGAAAUAGUGGUAUACAUAU